GUUUCCUCAAAGACAUCUUGUUCGUCUUUGGGUUAUCUGCUCUUGGCUCAGGGUCUCAAUUCCCACUCUGUAAAUGUUGGUUGACUUAAGCUGAACUGUGUCCUUUGUUUUUGCUACAGAGCUUUGUUCAGCAAUAUGGGGAAGAAACCUUGCCUUGGUUGCAUACUUGGUAUCCAAUUAAAUAUUACAGAACUGUUUCAGGUUGUAGAAGUCAUGAAGCCCAGUUGGAGUGACCUGAUCAGUCACAUGACUGUGUAAAACAGGCAAGAGUUGUGGUUAUUCAUUCAUUGUUCUCAGGAAGGUCUCAUUGAUUAUUAGCUUGAUGAAGGAUCUGAGUUGGUAGUCCUCUGUCUGGGCCUUCUUGGCCUCUGGCAGCUGAGAGAAGGAUGUGAAUUCCCUGCCCACAGACUAUCCAGCCUGCAGGGCAGCCUGCCAAGAGUCUCAAGUCACAUGGCCAGGGAGUUGCUGCUACAUUUUGCCUUCCUCCUCUUUUUCAAGGCUGCCCUUGUCUCUCUGCCUGAAUUGUAGCUCUUUUAGUUCUCUGAGUGGUGAACUCCAAACAUUGUUUAACAGUUGAUGCAAUCUUUACUGGGGCUGGAUUACGUCCACCGAGUAGGCCAAGCGUGUUUUUAUGACCCCACGUUACCAGACAGGACUCACAGCUGUGAGCAGUACGUUGAGCCCACGGUCCCCAGUACCCACGGUGAGCCCUGGAAUGUCCCCAGCCCAGGGUGUGUGUGGGUGUGGUGCGAGAGGCAGCUUGUCCUUGCCCACGUCCUGGAGGAGAGAAGCCCCUGUGCAGUGGGAUGAGCAUGUGGACUAAGCCUCACACCCAGCUCCUCUCCGGAGGCGUUCUGUUUGCAGAGCGGAGCCCUGAGCCUCUUUGUGAGAUCUCCUGUACCAAAAUACUCAGCACCACGGGGAAGGUGUUGCAGCUUCCCUGGAAGUCUCAGAGAGCCCUGGGAGUGUCCAGGUGGCCCGGGGUCAGACGGCGGUUCUGCCCUGUACUUUCACUACCAGCGCUGCCCUCAUUAACCUCAAUGUCAUUUGGAUGGUCAUUCCUCUCUCCAACGCGAACCAGCCUGAACAGGUCAUUCUAUAUCAGGGCGGACAGAUGUCUGACGGUGCCCCCCGGUUCCACGGUAGGGUGGGAUUUACAGGCACCAUGCCAGCCACCAAUGUCUCUAUCUUCAUCAACAACACUCAGCUGUCAGACACAGGCACCUACCAGUGCUUAGUUAACAACCUUCCAGACAGAGGGGGCAGGAACAUUGGCGUCACUGGUCUCACAGUUCUAGUUCCCCCUUCUGCCCCACACUGCCAGAUCCAAGGAUCCCAGGAUAUCGGCAGUGACGUCAUCCUGCUCUGUAGCUCAGAGGAAGGCAUUCCUCGACCAACUUACCUUUGGGAGAAGCUAGACAAUACCCUCAAACUACCUCCAACAGCCACUCAGGACCAGGUGCAGGGAACAGUCACCAUCCGGAACAUCAGCGCCCUGUCUUCAGGUUUGUACCAGUGUGUGGCCUCUAAUGCCAUUGGGACCAGCACAUGUCUUCUGGAUCUCCAGGUCAUUUCUCCCCAGCCCAGGAGCAUUGGACUAAUAGCUGGAGCCAUUGGCACUGGUGCAGUUAUUAUCAUUUUUUGCAUUGCACUAAUUUUAGGGGCAUUCUUUUACUGGAGAAGCAAAAACAAAGAGGAGGAGGAAGAAGAAAUUCCUAAUGAAAUAAGAGAGGAUGAUCUUCCACCUAAAUGUUCUUCUUCUGCCAAAGCAUUUCACGCCGAGAUAUCCUCCUCAGAGAACAACACACUGACCUCUUCCAAUACCUACAACAGUCGCUACUGGAGCAACAAUCCCAAAGCGCACAGACACACGGAGUCGUUCAACCACUUCAGCGACUCGCGCCAGUCUUUCUCCCUGCACUCGGGCCAGGCCAACAUACCGUCCAUCUAUGCUAAUGGGAGCCACCUGGUCCCGGCCCCACACAAGACCCUGGUGGUGACCGCCAACAGAGGGUCAUCACCACCGGUCAUGGCCCGGAGCAAUGGCUCGGUCAGCAGGAAGCCUCGGCCCCAGCCCACACACUCCUACAUCAGCCAAGCCACCCUAGAGCGGAUUGGCGCCGUCCCCGUCAUGGUGCCAGCCCAGAGUCGGGCCGGGUCCCUGGUAUAGGAUGGGAGCCAGUGGAGCAUGCAGAAAAGAAAAGAAGUGGAGGAUGCCCCCGUUCAAGGGGGCGCGUGGGGUGGUGGAGUGCUGGGAAGGACACCUUCCUGACAGCAAUUCUGGUAGAAAGCACAGAGGAGAGGGCAGUGCUGUGACCUGGCCACUAAGAUCUAUAAAAUGAACUGGCAUCCUCCAGCAUGAAGACUCGUUCCCCCACCCCAGAUGUCCCAGGAUUCUGUUCCAAAAGCUGGAUCUCACAGAUGUGCCAAGCCGAGGAGAAAGGUAUAAGAGCAGAAUAGCAUUUCAAACCCAAACUGCGGUCCAGAUGGGCUUGUUUUUUUGAUUCAUGCCUAACAUAGUAAUUUUUCAAGAGACUUAAGUGCCAGAUGGAGUUUAAAUAAUGAAAUUUUUUAAAAAGAUAGGUGUCCUUAGAAAAUAUACUGAGCAUCUCUGUGAUAUGUCCUGCCUCUCCCCAUCCCCUCUUUAUGUAGGGGCUGAAUGACAUAAAUGGUGAGUAUUGGUCCUAACAGGACUGGCUCUUGUAUCAUAGAAUCAAAACUUUUUACACCAACAGAAUUCAGUAAGGAAUGGGGGAAAGCUAGCAACUUCGUUGAGAAGCCCCUUCAUAUUUAUUUAUUUAUCUCUUCCUGGACCAUGAAUUUCAUAUUUGGAAUAUUGCUGUAUUGACAGAUUAUUGCCUGUCUACGAUUUUCUAGGGUCUGUUAUAGGUCCAUGACAAUUACUGUUCAUUAUUUCCUGGGAAAGUAUUUUUUAAAAGAAAACUAAUUUUUUUUUAAUAUAUGCAAGGCACCGGGUUAGGAAAGAGAAGACUGUUGUUGACAUCACGUCCAGUGACUGUGUUCGCUGAGCCCGCGGAGGCCCAGCACCAGGGGCCUAAUUGUGCUGGCGGAGGCAGGCCCUGGGAACUCCUGGCGGCUCUCAGAGCAGGGCUGUCCCGGCCUCCUUGCUGUCCCACCAGCUUCCUCUUAAUGAGGGCAGCACCUGGUGCCUUUUGUACUGCAGGAGAUAACUUUUCCCUUGUUUGACAAGUCGAGGGUACUAGGUCAUUACAGGGAGGGCAGGAGUUGCUUUGUUUCCGUUUUCUUUCAAAAUGAUUAUUUUUGCAAAGGAGAAAAGACUGAGACAAAAGGGAUGAGAUGCUCCUGGGAGGGUCUGCCCUGUAUUUGUCACAGCUCAGGGUUGCAGUUUUGCCCAAAUGCAUUUUACACCACUGUAAAGAGACUCUUUUUGGGAUUAAUUACCUGGCCUUGGUGUUCACCAGAUACUUUACAAACUCCCCACUCUAUUUUGUGCCGUGUAGACCUGGCCAUACUUGUAUUGGUGACUAUCUCGCCUUAAUCACACUUUAAGCAGCACACAAGUGAUUUCUUUCCAGAUUUGUUUCCUAAAUUCUUCAUGAUGCUGCCCCUGUGAUUCGACAAGAGCAUCUUUUCUUUCCCCGGUGGUGUCUCUCCCUCCCUCUUCCUACUGUGCUCUUUACCCUCUUUUCCUGCAAGCAUAGUUGUCGCAAGGAGUGGCCUCCUGGUUUUCAGACUUACUUGAAUAAUGGAAACCAACAGCAGCUGCACACACUACUUUUCGAAGAGGGCUAAGCUCAGAACCUAACCAUUGCAACCAUUCCAACAUUGAUGAAAAGCUGAAUUUACUUUAGCAUUACUUAUUUUUUCCGUUUGAUGGUUCUCGACUUUGUAAAAAUUUAAAUAAAUGAAUGUCUAUACUUUUUAUAAAGAAAAGUGAAAAUACCAUGACAGAAAAGAUGAUACUAUCAGAUGUUGUUUAGAAAGCGUUUAUCUUGCAUUUCUUUAUUCUUUCUAAUUAUCUAAAAUCCAAUAAAAGUUUAUUCAUAUAAAAA